AACCUGAGCCACCUUAUGAGCCAAAUUGUGUCGUCCAUCACUGCUUCCCUCAGAUUUGAUGGAGCCCUGAAUGUUGGUCUGACAUUCCAGACCAACCUGGUACCCUAUCCCCGCAUUCACUUCCCUCUGGCCCCUGUCAUCUCUGCUGAGAAAGCCUACCACGAGCAGCUUUCUGUAGCAGAGCUCACUGAUGCCUGCUUUGAGCCAACCAACCCGAUGGUGAAAUGUGACCCUCGCCAUGGUAAAUGCAUGGCUUGCUGCCUCCUUUACUGUGGUGAUGUGAUCCCCAAAGAUGUCAAUGCUGCCAUUGCCACCAUCAAGUCUAAGCGCAGCAUCCACUUUGCGGACUGGUGUCCCACUGGCUUCAAGGUGGGCGUUAAUUACUAGCCUCCCACUGUGGUUCCUGGCGGAGACCUGGCCAAGGUACAGCGGGCUGUCUGCUUGCUGAGCAACACUACAGCCAUUGCUGAAGCCUGGGCUCUCCUGGACCACAAGUUUGAUCUGAUAUAUGCCAAGCGUGCCUUUGUUCACUGGUAUGUGGGUGAGGGAAUGGAGGAAGGGGAGUUUUCUGAGGCCCAGGAGGACAUGGCUGCCCUAGAGAAGGAUUAUGAAGAGAUUGGAGCAGAUUGUGCUGAUGGAGAGAAAGAGGGUGAAGAGUAUUUGUCUGCUGCAAGUUUACGCUCCAGUGUCUCACCUUACACAUUUUUUUUCUGUUCUGUGGAAUUGUUUGAGCUCUAAACUAUCAAUGAAAAUGUUUGCAUUAAAAUAAUAAAGGAAGAAGUGGAGGAAACAAUUUGGGUAGUUUGCUCAAGAUCAGAGAAAACGUGGCAAAGCUGACAAAGCUGGGCAGUUAGUGUCAGAGUUCAUUUUUAGUCUCUACUUCUGCUUCCCAACUGAUACAGGGUUGCAAGUGCUUAGUCUUGCUCGCUUUUUCCUUUUCUCUAUCCUCCAUGUUGGUCUCCGUUUCCUCUCUGGCUCUUAUCCAGUUCAUUCUGCACAGGGUAGCUAGAGUGAUCAUAGAAUAUCAUGUCAAUCUCCUGUUUAGAAACCUCCAGUGAUGCCCUAUUUCUCUUAGGAUACAGACCAAAGUCCUUGGCCUCUCAUCUCAUCUCAGCCCCUCUCCUGUUUGCUUCUGACAGCCACAUUGGUCUUACAGGUCCUCAGAUGCAUUGUGCUUUCUACAGCCGUAGGGGUCUUUGCAUGUGCCAUUACCUCUGAUUGGACAGCUCUUACCAUCUUUCCUUCACCCCUAGCCUUUGCUAAACACUGCUUGCUCAUCCUUCAGAACAUUACUCAAAUGUCUCUCCAUGGAGAAACCCCACCUACUGUCAGAGACCACAUAAGGAUGGCUCAGUGGCAUCCUCUUACAGCUUUCCAUAGCUUUUCUCUCACAUUUAUCAUAGUCUGAUUUUUUUUUCUUUUUUCUCCUGUGGUGUGGGAUAUUGAACCCAGGGCUCAAGCAGGCUAGGCAAUCACUCUACACUAAGCUACAUUCCUGGGCCUUG